AUGGAUCCUGGUUUUGCUGCCAUUGGUCGUCUUGGGCGUGGCGAAAAUAUUGCUGGGAAGCUGGUUUUCUAUCAGAUGGAAGGAAAUGCCACCUAUGUGAGGGACACAGGAGAGCUUGCUUCAGAUGUUCCCACAGAGACCAUGUUUGAACUCUUCGACCCACACUUGAAUUACAGCACAGCAAAGUUCACUUAUACCUGGGACUUAGGGAACGGAGAGGUGAUCCAAGGGACUGAGCCGGUCGUACGUUAUCAUUAUCCAGUGUCAGGAAACUACACACUGAGGCUGCAAGUGGGAGUGAAUUUCAACAAAUCUGCAGCACCAAUCACUGACGUCUACUCCAUGGAUGUCCAAGUACUCGAUGCCAUCAAAAACAUCGAGCUGAAGGGGCCUCCAGACUUUGAAGUGUCUCAGAAUGCAAGUUUGGCUGUUCAUGUUGAUGGAAGUCCUCCAAUGUGGGUGUGCUGGCGUUUUCUGCCAAACUGUGUGCCGGAUGCGGCGGGGGGCUGCACGCUGACCAUGCUAUAUGAAAACACCCUCAGACUGAACCACACCUUCAACUCAGCCGGUGUCCACUGCCUCGACAUCACGGUCCGCAAUGACAUCAGCAAGCUGCAGAGCUCCUUCAGCAUCUACGUCAAGAGAAAUAACACCCACAUGUUCUUCAUCCUGGCAUGUGCCGCCAUACUUGUGGCAACCUUCUCCUUCAUCAUGGUCAUUGCUUGUCGCCCUCGUCGUCAAAACAAAAGAGAGAUUACUGCCUCCAGUAACGCCCUGUUCCUGAAGAACGAUGAAUCUGAAGGUCAGAGCACGAUUCUCUUUAAAUUCUCCAAUGAGAAGAAAGAAGAAAAAGAGCCUCUCCUGGUGCAGUAUGGGACUCAGUACUCCUCUUAA